AUGGAGAAUAAGGUGAAAAAGACGAUUAAGCUGUUUGGAAAGAUGAUGGAAGUUGGCAUAGUCUACGUCCUUGAGGAUGCCCCGGCUGAUCAUCUGGUGAAUCAAGAACAAGAAACAGAAACUGCUUCGAGUAGCCGAGCAGUAAUGCCUCCUCGACGUGAGCUAGUGCUUCCUCAGGGAGCAAGUUUGAUAACUGAGAGAAGAUUGGAAGCUUCCGAUGUUGCUUCUACUCAAAGCAGGUUUUUCCUUCCAAUUUCCGAGGAAAUCGAUGAAGUUUUGACUCAAUCAGAGAGAGUUAUGCUACUGGAGAAGUUUGAGACUGUUAAGGUAAAGGUAGUGGAUAGUAUACAACGCUGUUAUGACAUGGAUUUCAAGAAGUGGCCAAGCGUGAAUGAUAGGCUGGUUCUGAACCAUGGGUGGAUGCAGCUUGUCAAAGACAAUCAUCUUCAGAAAGGUGAUGUGGUGGAAUUAUGGAGCUAUAGACAAGAUUCUCGCUUGUGUUUUGCUGUAAAAAUCUGCGAGCGAUCGAAGAGGAACAUCUCCAGCAGUGAUUAA